AUGCCUCCCACCCAUUUGUUACAGUGCAACAGUAGCUGCGUGUCUCCCUUACUUUCUGGAUCAGUUAAAGGACCAUCCCCAGAGAAUGUCAAGAGGCACUCCACAUCUACAACAAGUCUUGUGAAAAAUCGAGCCACCGCCUUUGUUGUCGAGUCAACUUCGAACCUGGAAGUACCAAAGGUGCCCCAGUCAAAACCAGAAAUGCUGAAGCCAGAAAACAUUGAAAUGCGGAAUCAAACAUACAGAGUUCUAUAUCUGCAGAUAUUCUCAAACGUUUCAGAAGAAAGUUAUGAUUAUGUUCUGAAUGUUAUUGGAUGCGAUGAUAAUCUAGUUUGCAAACCAUCAUACAUCCCUAGACUUGAGCAACUCGUCGCCACCCUGCCUUCCCCAAUCCAUGAGGCGAUCCUGGUCCCUUUACGCACCGCGAUGGGGAUCACUGUCAACUCUUUCAUCAUUCCAGAUGAUUUCAAAGUCUCCUUACCUAUCCACAUGGCGUGUAUGGUGGACGCGCCUGCUACUGCAGAUCUCCCUCCUAGCGACGAGAGUUAUCACCUUGGAAUACCCGACAUGGUUUUGACAUUCCAGACGGGUAACGACAUCCUUCCCUUCUGGCCAUUCGAGGUGUCCAUUUCUCAGACUUCUGAAGCUGCCGUAACGAAGCUGCAGAAGUUUGCUGAUCGGAACGAAAAUGUCUUGGCCGCCACUCAUAUCCACAUUUCUGAAGCGCAGAAACAUUCGUUGCCCACGUUUGAAUGGGGUGUUGAGAGGGAUCUCGCUAAGAGGGGCGUUCAGAUGAAGGAGUUGACAUAUUCGGAAAAUGGUGGAUUCGCGUCGCUCUCUCAUACAUGGUGUCACCCUGUAACGGUUACCAUUUCUACGUGGAUCCGCCCCCCUGGAAAACCAUUGAACCUGAAAUCUCGUAGCUCUCGUUAUUAUGUGACUGCCGUACUCUGCCCCAAUCAAGAUGAGGGGGCCCUCAAGAAAAGUGAGCAUGCGCAGGACGAGGAGCUCCUCGACUCGCUCAAGGCUGUGAAGAAGUGGACCCCGCCGAAAGAGUUCCUUAAUUGGGACACAUGCAGGAAAGAACUAUGGCCAGCAGCGAAGCAAACCGGAUUCGAUUGGUACCGCUCAUGGCACCGCAACUUCCUCAAGCGUGCUGCUGAUGAGAGUGAGGUCAUACCUAGUUCGUCUAGAACGACCAAUAGAGGGAGGGUCAUGUAA